ACUCGGGGAAACUCCUGCUCAGCCCUACUGACACUUCUAAAACUUUCUCAGGAGUAUUGCAGGCCUCGUUUUCAGAUGGCAUUUUGGAGCUGUGAAGGGACUACUUCAGUCCAUGGACCCUUUUACAGAGCAUUCUCAGGAAUCUAAGUGAAGAAGGGAGGAUUUGUUGCGGAUUCAUCACUCGUCCUUUCAGGCUUCUGGGGGCAGAAGGAGAAUGGGGGCCGGAGCACUCACCAUCUGUCACAACAAAGCAGCUGUGCAGAUAAAGGAGGACAUGAAGAAGAUGGUGCAGCUGCCUAUGAUGAAACCCAGGCCCACUGCCACAGAGGGGAAAAGGGUGUUUGGUGUGUCCCUCUUACAGCUGAGGGAGCUGGGCUUGGUGGCGGAUGGAGUGCCCCUGGUGGUCCGAAGCAUGGUGGAGUACCUACAACAGCAUGGUCUUCACCAGGAGGGCCUGUUUAGGGUGAAUGGAAGUGUUCGUGCCGUGGAUGCUCUGAGGCAGCGGCUGGAGCGCUGUGAGGUGGUGGACUUGGCCCAGGAGUCUGAGGUGUGCACAGUGGCCAGUCUGCUAAAGCAGUUCCUCAGGGACCUACCCGAGGGCCUGGUGAAUUCAAGCGUGCAGGCCGCACUCAUCCAGCAACACCAGGAGUCGUCUGAGGAAGGGUGCUCCCAGGACACGAGGGAGCUUCUGCAGCAGCUACCAGACCUGCACCACAGCCUGCUGAAAUACCUGUGCCACUUCCUCACACAGGUGGACCAGCGGAACAAGGAGAAUCGCAUGAAUGCCCUCAAUCUGGCAACCGUCUUCGGCCCCAAUGUUUUCCAUGUGUCCUCAGGGUUUGACGGUAUACAGGAACAGAAUAUCUGCAACAAGAUCAUGGCCACGUUGAUCCAGAACUACAGUGCCAUCUUUGAGAGAGACAUAGAAAAGGGCAGUUACAUGCAAGAGAUAGAGACUGCCAAAACCAUCAUAGUAAAGGAAGUCCAAACAUCUACGUCAGAAAGAGAGAAGUCACCCUACUCGCCCACUCCAAAGGCACGAACACCAGUUCCCAGAAAGAAAAAGGCCUUAACCAACAAAUCAGUGGAGAACUGCAACACAAAUGCAUCUAAAGAUUUAGCCUCCGAAAGUCCCACAGUCACAACAAGAAAGAAAAUGGUGAAGAAGCUCAAGAGUGAGAUGUCAGGGCAGCAGCGAGUCUUGCCCCAGCCUGCUCUCUCGGCAGGUCUCCCCAACUCCAGACCUCUGCCUCUGGCUCCAGACCCAUCCUCCAGCCCGAGGGCCCUGUCACCAUCCCUGCUCACCCAGGACUCCAGCCCCAGCACCUGGACACCCACGCCCCAGCACUCCCAGACCCAGAGCCAGAGCCCCGAGGCGAUGGAGCUGGCCCCAGAGGGAGUCAGCCUCAGCAGGAGCGUGGAGACCUUGAGCAGCUCCCAGGAAGAGGAGAGACCAAUAUCCCCAUUCUUUGUGAGCCCUCAGAUCUCCCAAGAUAGUUGCAGACCUGACCUAGCACAAUUCCUGGAGAGGACCAUUCGCUCUGCAGUUGAACAGCACCUGUUUGAUGUGCACAUGCAUGGGGCUCAAAGUUCAGACGACCCCGACACGACCAGUCCACUGGCAUCUCCUGUGUCGACGGCCCGUCAGAGGCGACGCCAGCAGCGUGAGCUAGACGAAGCCCAAACACAGCGAGACAGGGAAGGCAUCAACAAAGAGAACGAUCCCUCAAUAGGAGUUAUCAAUAACGUCAGUGUCGGAGAGCACGGCCCGGAACACACCCGCCCGCACACACAGACGCAUGCCCAGAAACACUCUGUGGAGGGGCCUAGACACAGGAAGAGCAAACACGUCGUUCCCACGCUGGCUGAGCUCAGGGACAACCAGGACUCCCCCUCGCCCAAGGAAUGUUUCAAAGCAUCGAAAGCACAUGACCACACACCAACAGAGAGCAUGGAGUACACAGAUGACUGGGAUGAACAUCACAAAGACGGAGACACCAACUCAGCACCGACGCCUGCCAUGAAGAUCCAGGAGACUCUCAGUGGCUCGGAUCCGGGAGAGGGCUGUGCAGACGUGCCUCGUCUGGACCUAUCCUCCCUCACGGAGGACAACAACUGGGGAGAUUCGCCGUUCUUUAGCGCCCCUUUCCUUGAUUUCAAAAACUUCUUCCAGCAGUGUUACUACGAGGACCCAGUGCCAGCGUACUCCUCCUGGCAGAGGGAGAGCAUGGACCGCGAGGAGGCUCGCCUUUCGCCCCACGCUGGGGGCAGACUUAUCCGACAGCUCUUGGAGGAGGACAGCGACCCCAUGGUCUCACCACGCUUCUACGCCUACGGCCACUGCCAGCAGUACCUGGACGACACAGAGGUGCCUCCCUCGCCUCCCAACGCACAUUCCUUUGCCAGUCGGCGGAGAAGUUCAUCUCUUGGCUCGUGCGAUGAUGACCGUGAAGAGCUCACCUCAGCUCAGCUUUCGAAAAAGAUUCACAGCCUGAGAAGGAAGAUUCGCAAGUUUGAUGAGAAGUUUGAAGAGGAACGCAAAUAUAGGCCCUCUCACGGCGAUAAAGCUGGCAACCCUGAGGUCCUGAAGUGGAUGAAUGAACUAGCCAAGCUGGGCAAAGACCUGAAAGAGCACAAGCUGCUGAGGUCUGAGGAGGACCUGACCCCUCUCCCACGUCAGCGGAGCAACACCCUGCCCAAGAGCUUCGGCUCCCAGCUGGAGAAGAAGCCAGCUGAGGCCAAGGCCCCCAAGCCACCCGUGGAGACCACCCUGGAGACCGUGAUGGCCAAGCUGCAGGAGAAACGGCUGGAGGUGGGCCGCCCAGAGGAUGUCAAGGACAUGACUCGUGAACAAAUUGCUGCGGAGAAGGUUGCCCUCCAGAAAGCCCUGCUGUACUACGAGAGCAUCCAUGGGAGACCGGUCACAAAGAGUGAGAGGCAGAUCAUGAAGCCCCUGUAUGACAGAUACCGCCUUGUCAAGCAGAUCUUAUGCAGAGCAUCCACCAUUCCUGUCAUUGGCUCCCCUUCCAGCAAGCGCAGAUGUCCUCUGCUACAGCCCAUUAUUGAGGGCGUACCAGCGCUGUUCUUCGAUGACAUCAAGGAGGAGGAGGAUGGCUCUGAGGAUGACGCAGAGUGCAAAACCCAGUUCACAGUGACGGUGAAGCCCGAGCUGAACAUGCUAGGCUUCCUGGACCAGCUAGAUGAGGGGGGAGACACCUUCAUCUCGCCCGUGGAUGAGCUUUCGCCUUCCAGGAACAGCACAGACAUGAGGCUUUCCAAUCUGCACGCAGCCACCAUGCCAGAACUGGUGGAGCACCUGCAAGAAGCCCGCGAGGAGAAGAAAAGAAUCCGUAAGAACCUCCGAGAAUUUGAGGAUCAGUUCUUCAGACAAAAUGGAAGAAACGUGCAGAAGGAAGACCGCUCGCCCCUGGCAGUGGAGUACAACGAAUACAAGCACAUCAAAGCCAAACUUAGGCUGCUGGAGGUCCUCAUAAGCAAACGUGACUCUUCCAAGUUCAUCUAGAGAUGCGCGCAGAAGCAGGCAGGAAAGCCGGAGACUAUGCUCCCACACUAUAAUCAAGCACCAGCCACUCAUCCAUCCACUCAAGCAUCCGUCCGUCCGUUGCUAACACUUAGCCACCAAAUUGGACACGUUUUUUUUGCUCUUCCUCUCUCACGCCAUCUGUGUCACACAUGUACAUUUGGCCAAAGGCGGGGUGAAGUACGGCCUGACUCCAUCAAGAUCUCCCCGACCAGGCCAGCCACAGUGGCCCAGGCACAGUCCUUCAAGCUGGGCCCGGUGGCGCUCCCCUGUUGGGCCUCAUCGACCUGGAACUCUGCCUCCCUUUCUACACUAACAAACCCACCGCAGUUGUAACGCUUCCGACCUGAGGCAACCGCUGGAGAAGGAGCGUGAGAGAAGAGGAGAGACCCAGGGCGAGAGGAUGAGACAGGCUUGUUUCCAACAGCAACGAGCUGUAGUAAAUGAAGAUCUUAAACCAGACCUGGAAGAGCCUGUGUGGAGUGCUGAAAACCACCCAGUCUGUGUUCAUCCAUGAAGUGGAUCAGUGGUGCAUUUCAAGUAUUAUACACAAUAUGUCGCUUUUAUUUAUUGAUGUACUUCUUCCAUUUCAUAUGUGUUGACAUAUAUGUGUUGCAGUUGUUCGUCUGAUCAGGACACAAACUCAAUGGGUUAAGGUGGCAUCUGAGAGAAAGUCGAACACAUUUUGAUGUGGGGAUAUUGUGACAAGAUUUUGAUUGUCUUUAUUAUGUGAUCGAAAAUAUGAUGAGAGUAAUAUUGGUAAUUAUGUUGAAGGGAGUCUUUCUUUGUACAUACAAGUUUAACAACAAAUGCAAUCUGCCUACAAAUCAUUUUGAGAACUAUAUAGGCAUUUGGCGGGGAAACUAAAUGUUGAGUCCUCUGACUUGUUUUUAGUUGUUCAUUGACUUGUGAUUGGUGCCAUAAUGCAGAAAAUGGUUCUGUUUGACUUUUCAACUAGAAAACACUUUUUUUACUCACUUGUAUUUCAUUUCAGAUUGUUUUGUAAUGUUAAGUUCUUGAUUGAGUCUGUUUAGAUAGAAUCAUUAUUUACCUCGAGGUAGAUAGUUUUCUACCGUUUUGAGUUUUUCUUCUGUUCAGAGACGUGAAAUCAACAUAUUUGGAUGUUUUUAAAAACCAACAUAACGUAAAGAAGAUUAACUUGUGCAGAAUAAUAAUCCAAGCUAAUAAGGUAAUCUAUUAUUGUAGAUAUGCAUUUUGCUUGUGUAACUUUCUUUGGCAUAUUUUUCUUCCAACUGCAAGAUAAGCUCCCAAGUCUCACACUGGUUGUCAGACCUUUGUUGUUCCUGUUCAUUGACGACUCCAGCUCUCACAACCCCAAUGAUCAAAACGGUCGCCAUGAUUUGCAUGGGGCGAUCUCAAUUCUCAAAGAAUUUCUGAGUGACUUUACUUACCUAUUUCUGUCCGAUGGACAUGGGGCUACACCAGCGUUUCCGGGCCUAAGUAGGCAUAUACCCUAUCCUUUUUUCUCUCCAGAAUGGAUACUUCCAGUGUGACCCGUUUUUACUGAAUGUAAACACUGAUGGAUAUAAUUGAUAUGAGUGUGUACAUUUUAGUACAUGAUUGUAUUUUGUACAUAUUAUAUAAAGCAAAACCUAUUUUUACUGA